GAAAAAAAACUUUUUAACUCUAUCGUGAAAAAAUUGAAACCCUGUGAUAUUAUUAUCUCCUCGCUAGCAGACGGAGACCUGCUAAAUCUGACAGGGGGCCAACUUUAAUAAACAUAUCAAGAAUGGCAACCUCUGACAAAGGUCUAGUCGGUAUACCUUUAAGAGCUAAACUGUCCGCUAAAUACAAGAAUAGUUUUGCCUACCCAACCAUCAAGGACAGAUGUCCAGUCAUACUAUGCAAGAUUAUCGAUCACCUGUAUCGGGAGAGACUAAGUAUAGGAAAAGUUUACGGAAUGGAGGCGCAGGAAGGAUUAAAGAAAAUAAUAGAUCUUCUCUCUGGACUUAGGUAUGAGAUGCAAACUAAUAAAGAGAUUAAACCACUGUCUGAUGGAAGAAAAUGUUGCCAGAUUUGGAACGAUUACUUGAACGAUGAGAAGAAUAAAGGAGAAGGAACAACAUGGUUCUCUGCUUCAUGGAUGUGGUCAGAAUGUUAUUUAUACAGGAGAAUAUUGGAAAGUAUGUCAAUUGUGCAUGAACUUAGAGAUUUUGACUUUUUCCGUCAUCAGAAGGAAGAAGGGUUUCGGGACUCCUUACUGUCUAUGGAACAGCUUGGAGAAUGGCUGCUUCAAAUACUACCUGGAGAAUAUCCGUCCUGUUCAGUGGAAACUCAAAGCCUCUUCAACACUCUUCUACAAAUCUCAUUAUGGGGGAAUAAGUGUGAUCUAUCAAUCUCAGCCGGAAGUAAACAAUCUGCCACCGGUAACACCCUUGAUCAACUUCAAUCCUUGGUGGACCGAAUCCUUGUAGAUCAAUCCUCUCUUGCCUGGAGCAGUCUUGAAGUGUCAAACCAGACCGUAGAUAUUGUCAUGGACAACGCAGGAUAUGAACUGUUCACAGAUCUAUGCCUCGCAGACUUCAUUAUAUCCUGUAAUAAAGCAACGAAGGUUAGAUUCAGGUUGAAGAACCAACCCUGGUUUGUAUCGGAUACAACCAGACAGGAUUUCGACUGGACAAUCAAUAAUCUCUGCGGAGAGAACGAAAACUCAGCGUUAUCCAAACUAGGUGCAAGGUGGAAAUCAUACUUGACAAAUGGAAUGUGGGAGGUUCUAGUUGAUUCGUUCUGGACCUAUCCUCAUGUAUACUCGGAGCUGCAACAAGUUGACCCCCAGCUUUACUCAGGACUAGCUGAGGCUAAACUUGUUAUAUUCAAGGGAGACUUGAACUACAGGAAGCUGGUCGGAGAUAUAAACUGGGAAACAACAAUUGAUUUCAAAAUUUGUCUGCAGGGAUUCCUCCCGACCAAUAUCCUGUCUCUGCGAACCUUGAAGGCUGAUGUAGUAUCCGGGUUGGAGAAUGGACAGGCGGAGAAAUUAACAUCUCAGGAUAAGGAUUGGAUGAUAAAUGGAAACUGGGGACUAAUCCAGUUUGCUCAAGCCUAGACUAAUUACUUUUUGUUAUAUAUACAUUUUUAUUCUGAUGUCUGUUAUACAAUGAAAUAUAAUAGCCAACAGUUCAUCAGACCAGAAUAUUUAUAGUUAAUAUUAAAAUCUCUCCGAAUUAAAUGAUUAUAGUUAAGAAAUAAACAAAAAAAAAUAA